AACUAAGUAUCAGAAAUCAUGUAAAAGACAUUUGGCGGUUGAGUAUGCAAUGGCAGAGCUCAUUAACCCUAACCCUGUAGUUCAUGAGCGGAAAUCUACUGUUAGGUCGAAACCUGCUCAGCGUCCAGAAGCUCCGGGUGCGGAUGGGCGUGAAACGAUUGAUGCACUAGAAAUCUUUGACCACAUCCGUGACAUAAAUGACCCGGAGCAUCCGUACACCCUGGAGCAGCUCAACGUGGUGUCAGAGGAGCAGAUCCAUGUGGAUGAUGUGCGUGGACGGGUCAGUGUCCAAUUCACGCCCACCGUGGCGCACUGCUCCAUGGCCACCCUAAUCGGGCUGUCCCUCCGGGUAAAGCUGCUGCGGAGUUUGCCGCCGCGGUUCAAGAUUGAUAUUAAGCUUUCCCCCGGAAGUCACUCCAGUGAGGCUGCUGUCAACAAGCAGCUCGCGGAUAAGGAGCGAGUGGCAGCAGCACUGGAGAACCCGAACCUGUUGGCCAUGGUAAACAAAUGCCUGGCACCGCCACCACAGCAGUAGCAGCAGCAGUAGCAACGGCAGUGCCAGGCGGAGAAGAGGGCUGCAGUAGCAGUAGUGACGUGGUAGCGGCAGCUGUAGCGGUAUGCCGUCAGGGGUCUUUUUUGUUGUGGCGGCGGGGGCGGCAGGGGCCCGUCUCGCCACGUCUCGGGGCUUGAAAUGGAGAAGAGUUUGGGUGGUGUCAGGCCAGAUGACACCCACGGUCACCGCAACUGGCAAGUGCGCGGUCAAGUGCGCUCCGCCGGUAGCAGCAGCUGUAGCUGCAGCCAGGAGGAGGAGCAGCUCUCCAGCUUCCAACCGCGGAUCCGUCCGGUCCGGGUCCCCCGUCUCUGCGGGACGAGAAGACGACCGGGGGAUGAUCUUGCGGUAGAGGGGUCACUGCGGCAACUCGGCUUCAUUGCUGCGAGUGUGUGUGGUGGUGUGGGUGUGGGGGGGGCCCCCGGCCUCCAAGGUUUUUCUCUGCAGCUGGAAGUCCCCAACAGACAGUUGGCUUUAGGCGCCAUCGACAAACAGUUGUUGACACCGCUCAGGGUACCAAGCAGCCGGGGCAGGCAGCUGACGUCGUGGAUUAUGACCCUCCCAAAGCUUCAGUUACACAUCAGUAACUCUGGUAGGCACG